AUGCCUGAAGUUGCGGAACCAGUGUUAUAUGCAAAGCUGCAUGAUAAUGGAAACUUUGUUUUGUAUGGCUCAAAUUCUCAAAUUGUUUGGCAAAGUUUUGAUUAUCCUACUGAUACAGAUUCUCAAAUUGUUUGGCAAAGUUUUGAUUAUCCUACUGAUACACUUUUGGGCGGCCAAAAGUUAAAACUUGGAGUGGAUCAUCUAGUCUCCAAUUCAGGUAAGUACAAAUUAUCAAUGAGAAAUACUGAUGGUGCAGUUAUGAUUUAUAAUGUUUAUGAUGAGUUUCAUGCUCGUUUAACUGGUAAACCUUUGGAUAGGCCAGAAACCAUGCUAGUAACCCUUAAUUUAAACACUGCUGGUAUCUUAUACCUCGUAAAUUCUGAUGGUAAGAUACGUGAAAUAAUUUAUAAUGGUAAAAAACAACAUCAACAACUGAAAGAAGGAACUAUUAAUAAUGUUAAGCAGGAUUAUAUAUAUAUAGCAACAUUGGAUUCAGAAGGAGAUUUUGUUUUGUAUAGGGAAAGAAUUGAUGGAAAUGUUGGGGAUAAUGAAGAUUCUUCCUCUGGUUUGAUACAACUAUGGACAUCUAAUCAAUGGGAUAAGUGUCACACGCCCAUUUAA